CAUAAAAAGUGCAUUAAUGUGUAGAAACCUUCACACUUUCAAUCUGGAUGAUAUCUCUGAGAUAACUGGCGCGUCAUAUAGAGAUGUUUUUGGUUCAGAUAGAGCCGCCUCGGUCAGAAAAAAAGGCUGACGGUUCUUGCUUGGGUUUUUGCAUCCAGCCUUCAAGACACCCGAGCUUUCUCUCCUUUCUCUCUCGGUAGGUGACCCACAUAACUGAAGAUGGGUGACUGGGACCUCCUUGGCCGGCUGCUGGACAAGGUGCAGAAACAUUCGACUGUAGUUGGGAAGAUCUGGCUGACUGUGCUGUUUGUCUUCAGAAUACUCGUACUUGGAGCCGGUGCUGAGAAAGUGUGGGGUGACGAGCAGUCCGAUUUCAUCUGCAACACACAGCAACCUGGCUGCGAAAAUGUCUGCUAUGACCACGCAUUCCCAAUCUCCCACAUUCGCUUCUGGGUGCUACAGAUCAUCUCGGUGUCUGCUCCCACCCUGGUGUACCUGGGCCAUGUCCUGCACAUCAUAAAUGAGGAGAAGGGCCUGAGAGAAGCUAUGAAGAAGGCCCAGAAUGAUCAGACUAACAUUUUCCACAAAAAAGGCCUCAAACUUCCCAAAUACAGUAAUGACAAAGGCCAAAUCAGCAUUCAUGGUCGUCUGCUGAGAAGCUACAUUUUGAAUUUGCUCUGUAAGAUCUUGCUGGAGGUUGGAUUUAUUUUAGGACAGUAUUACCUUUACGGCUUUACACUUCAGGCUCGAUAUAUAUGUAGUACCUUCCCGUGUCCUCACAAAGUCGACUGUUUUCUUUCAAGACCAACUGAGAAAAACAUCUUCAUUUGGUUUAUGCUAGUGGUGUCCUGUGUGUCAUUGUUGCUGAACCUCAUUGAGGUCUUCUAUCUGUGUGUCAAGAAGGUCAACGAGUGCCUGAACCGGAAGCGUGACUACAACGUAACCUCCGUGACCCCAGUUUUGACCAAGAAGACUUUUGAAAACAAAGACCACAUGAUACAGAACUGGAUGAAACGUGAGCUACACCUUCAGAAAAAGGAAACUGCCAAUGAAAUGGGCAAGUGCUCAAUUUUGGAAGACCACAACACCAAUGACGUGGAAGAGGUUCAUAUCUGAGCUUUGCAAACAGAACCUUUCUCAAGGCAUGUUGACACAAAUAUCAGUGAGACUGAGCAGCUGUUUCUUCCAUGUUAGAUAAUACACUAUAUGGCCAAAAGUAUGUGGACACCCGUUUAUCACGGCCUCAUGUGCUUGUUGAACAUCUCACUGGAAAACCAUGGGAAUUAAUAUGGAGUUGGUUCCCCC